GGCUAGAGCGCGUGGACCCGAACCGGAGGGUGGAGACUGGCGGCCACUCCGCCAUUGCAAGAGUCUGUGGGUAAGUGUCGAUUCGCCGAUGACCUUUUUUCGAACAGUGUCUCAGAAGGAAUCCCUCCACCCCGUCAUAGCAACACUCCAAAAAAUCUUCUCGAUGAUAUGAUAUUCAGGGGAGUAGAAGAAACAAGGUAACGGCUGAUUAAGACUGGACGGGAUUAGCACCACUGGUCGCUGUAUCCUCCCGUGACCUGUGCAAUACUGUCAGCACUUAUAUUGAAGAGUCGGUCGAGGUGGGUAUUUAGACUUGGGCUGAUUGGGUAGGAAAAUACAACAGGAGGCCCGGCCGAGCGCACGUGGCCCACUUUGCGCCUCCCGUACGUCAAGCAGCGGCUGUCCUUCAGAGAAAUAAGACGCGACUCGCAGCACACAAGAUUCUGGCCUAUGUUAUGUGGGCCCAGUGGAGUCAAUCCAGCUGGCCCGCGGAUGUUGAGAUGAUCUCCUGCGUGGCAUGGCUCUGUACCUGUCACUUUCCAUAUAACUACCCAUGGUCGAUUUGCGAGCACGUUUGUUUCCAUGCUGUAACAUGCUCCAUAGCCAUAUACGGAGGUUUUUUUUUUUCACCCAUCUAACUAUGCGUUUAAGGGUACUCGGCCGGUUUAUGGCCAUCAGCCUGCUCGGCGUGUGCAACGCGUCCGUCCCGCAUCUCAACUCGACUUUACCAGCAAACCACACUGCCGUCGAACAAUAUGAGUCUGAGGGAUUCGUUCGAGAUAUAUGGGAUAAACUCAAAACCACUGCCUCGUGCGCUGCUUGCCAGGACAUACUCGUGCCCGUCAAAGCACUCGCCUUUGUGGGUGAUGGUCCAUUCAUCAAGGUGCUGCAAAGUUUGUGUAAACUCGUCAAGAACAGCGAGAUGUGCGACGGCAGUUUUGCUCUCGAAGGGCCGAUCAUUGCGGACGUUUUUCGAAAAAUGAAGAUCGGCUCUAGAGCUUCCCAGUCAUUUUGUGCGACUUUUCUCGGACUCUGCGAGUAUCCCGAUGUUGUGCCUUGGACUGUUCCGUUCCCAUCGACGAAACCAGCCCGGGGGCGACCCAAGCCAAGCGGCGGGAAGAAGCCGCUCAGAGUUGUCCACUACUCCGACAUACACAUCGAUCCGCUAUAUGUUCCAGGCUCCAGCACAAAAUGUGACAAGCUUAUCUGCUGCAGGAGUGAUGAUCAGUCCCGUGAGAACCGUUCUCCGGCUGGACCUUACGGCGACCAUAACUGCGACACGCCUAUUAGCCUGGAAGAGAGCAUGUUCAAUGCAAUCAAAGAACUUGUUCCCGACGCGGCUUUCGCCAUCUUUACUGGAGACGUCGUCGACCACGCCAUAUGGAACACCAGCAGACCUUAUGUCGAGAAUUCAAUUGAACAAGCUUAUGGUACAAUGAACCAUACGCUGAAAAUGGUCUACGGCACUGCUGGUAACCAUGAGAUGCAUCCCGCCAAUGCUUUUCAGCCCGGAUCCCAGAGCACCUGGGCCUAUAAGAUCUUGGCGGAAAACUGGUCCCAAUGGAUUGACGAGGCCGCGGCGAGAAAUGCAGCACGGAUCGGCGCAUACUCUACCAAAUUCCUUGGAGGUAAUCUGCGCAUCAUCUCACUCAACACAAAUUUGUACGACCGGCAUAACUUCUGGAUGUAUGAAAACAUUGACGUCAAAGAUCCUAACCUGCAGAUCGAGUGGCUGGUCAAGGAGCUUGAAGAUGCUGAGCGGGCUGGAGAGAAUGUCUACAUCAUUGGACACUUGCCAAUCGGGUUCAAGGACGCCCUUCAGGACUGGUCCAACUAUCUCGAUCAGGUGUUCAAACGAUACUCGUCUACGAUAGCCGCUAUGUUCUUUGGCCACACCCACGUCGACCACUUCGAAAUCAGCUACACUGACUACUCCUCCCGGUCUGCCUCCAACGCCUUCAUGACUUCGUAUAUCGCGCCGUCGCUAACCCCGACGUCUGGAAUGCCUUCAUUCCGUGUCUACGAUGUCGAUCCCGAUACAUUCGGUGUUUUGGAUGCAACGACAUAUAUUGCUGACAUGGCCGACGCUUCUUUCCAACAAGGUCCGACGUGGUCCAAGUUGUAUUCCGCCAAGGAGGCUUACGGGAAGGCAAUCACGCCACCAGUGACAGAUCCCUCUGCGGUAUUGACGCCUGCCUUCUGGCACAACGUUACGGAAUCUUUCAGGCUCGAUUCAGGCCUGUUUCGUCAGUACAUGUCGCGCAAAAGCCGAGGUUGGCAGGAAGGCAGCUGCGACGACGACUGCAAAUCGCUGGAGCUUUGUCAGCUACGCUCCGCACGGUCCCAAGACAAUUGCGUGAAGCCCAAGUUUGGUUUUCAUCUGAAGAAACGAAUCGCAUCCGAGGACCAUGGGGAGCAUGAUGAGUGCGGUGUUCCUUUGUUUGCCGAGAUAUUUCACACCCUAAGCGAAAGCGAGAAAACGCUGGUGGCAUUUCUGGACAUGAUAAGGAAGGCACAAGUUGAAACAGAAACACCGUAAAGGGGAACUCUCGUAUUGGCCGCCAACCUAGCCGCGACAACACGUCCGGUGAGUCUGUUAUAAAGCUGACGCGAAUGCUAUAUGGCAAGGCUCAAAGAACAUCCAACAAUCAAUUAUUCUGUAUUCUUAUAGAUUAUAUAGUCAACCAUUUCAGUUAGUUGUAUGAACUCAGUCACGUUAUAUUACAACAUGGAU